AUGACUUCUAAGUUUAGCAAUAGAGACUCUGUGGCUUCAAGCAAAGAAAAAAAAAAAAUCUUCUCUUCACUAUAAUAGACAUUUUGAUACAUUUAGAUUUUGUGUGAAAGUUUUAUGUCAAACAAGAUAACAGACAACUUUUUAGUGAUAGAGUGGGAAACAACUGUAACAUAAUGUCCCCACUGGAGCCUAUAAAAUGAUCUCACUCUGUGAUAACAGACAAUACACUUCAAUGCCAUCCUUUCAUUGAGGAUGAUGCAUCAAGGGAAGUAAUUACAGUCACUACUGACAGAUCGAUGACUAACGCUGACAACAAUACCUUAGUCUAUAAAACCCUCUGCUGGGUUCAGGCGCUGCAGCAAAGUAGUAGUAUAGCAGUCCUUUGUGUUGAACAUACAGCCCAUUUUGUAGGCAUUACAGACACUAAUUUCAUACAGCGUUUGUAUAUGUACAUCUAAAGGUAAGCUGGCAUCAUUCAGAGUAUCAUAUUGUAUCAGUGCUGUGUGUUUACUGUUGCUUUUUGAUCAGUGAAUUAUAUUAAUUAUUUUCCUCACCUAAAUGCUUUGAUGCAAAUCUCAAGGCUGAGAUGCUGUGCUAAUUAUUUUCACUCUCAUUUUCACUCCAGGGCUGCAUGGCGAAAACAUUUCAGGGCCUUUUGAGGAAAUCAUCAACAAUGUGGGCCGCUGCUCUCGUUCUUUGUUUGGGAAAUAUUCUCAUCGGAGGAGAGGCCAGUGAUCAGCAUUCAGAGCCGUUCCCUGUAAUUGAACUCUCUGAAACGGCCUCCCCUGGUGUUUUAAUACUGGACAAACAGAAAUCCAACAGCUCAAUUCAUCCACCUCAAGUGGCAAGACCAAAAACACCACACCCUCCUAUGUGCCUGGAAUCGGCUGGAAUCAGAGACGCCUUCAAAUAUAUCCACACCGUGGUCUCUGUUGUUGUUUUUGUCGUCGGAAUAGUGGGGAAUUCGGCUUUGCUGAAAAUCAUAUAUGUGAACAAAUGCAUGAGAAGUGGACCGAACAUCCUCAUCGCGAGUCUCGCUUUGGGGGAUCUAAUCCACAUUGUGAUAGACAUUCCAAUCAACGCAUACAGGCUCAUGGCAGAAGAUUGGCCAUUCGGUUUGUUGAUGUGCAAACUCGUCCCCUUCAUACAGAAAACCUCUGUUGGAAUUACUGUGUUGAGCUUAUGUGCCUUGAGUGUCGACAGAUACCGAGCUGUAGUAUCCUGGAAUCGAAUCAAAGGCAUCGGGGUUCCAGUGUGGACAGCAAUCGAAAUAACUCUGAUAUGGAUUAUUUCUAUCCUGCUGGCUGUGCCUGAAGUUGCCGGCUUUGAUAUGAUAGAAAUGAACUAUAAAGACAAGCAUCUGAGGAUAUGUCUGCUUCAUCCCAUGCAAACCACGCCGUUCAUGCAGUUUUAUAAAUCAGUAAAGGACUGGUGGCUCUUUGGCUUCUACUUUUGCAUGCCACUGGCCUGGACUGCCGUCUUCUACGCCCUCAUGACCAGGAAAAUGCUGAAGAAUACUGAGAACACAUUAAGCGACCACACCAAGCAGAGACGAGAAGUCGCAAAAACCGUCUUCUGCCUGGUGAUUGUGUUCGCACUUUGCUGGUUGCCUCUAUACCUGAGCAGGAUCUUGAAAUUAACCAUAUAUGAUGAGAAAGAUCCUAAUAGGUGUCAGAUGCUGAGUGUCUUUCUCGUCCUGGACUAUUUUGGCAUUAACAUGGCAGCACUCAACUCGUGCAUCAACCCUAUUGCAUUGUACACAGUCAGCAUGAGAUUCAAAAGAUGUUUCAAGGAGUGUCUGUGCAGUCGGUGUCUACCUCUUCAAGCUGUUGCCCAUGACGAGGCGCAGUCUGUUUUCAAGUCCAGAAAGCAGGAUCAAGCCUCGGAGCAGAGCUGCAGCAUCAAAGCUCACAAGCAGACUUCCACACUUCUACCUGAGCAGGAGAACACUUCACUGUGUUAACAAAACUCUGUGAAAAUUAGGGGUGGGUAAAAAAUCGUUACGGUAUAGUCUCGCGAUAUUUUGCAAAAAUUGGCAUGGCCAUUUUUUAAAGGGGUCUCUUGACCUCUGACCUCAAGAUAUGUGAAUGAAAAAAAAUUAAAACU